AUGACUAUGAUGUGCAAUCAAAUCGUUAUUCAUCGCAUAAGACAGACGCUUUCUUCACUAUCUUGUUUCUCUGUGAUUCUAUCUAAUUUUCACGGUUUCGCUUUCUUCAUAAAUGAUUUUCUUUUUCUGACAUGCCUAGACCUAGAGCUAGACAAUGACAACAAACUACAAAUGAUAGUGCAACUUUCAUCUUACGACCUACUCUUGGUCUCUUCUUCGUUCAUCUAUUUUUACUGGUUUGACUUUCGAACGAUUGAAGACGGGCCAACAGCAAAACGCGGCAUUGGUAGAUACGGAAAAUGUUGAAGUCCGUCGUGCUUUGUUUCGGCUUUCUUGAUGACCCUGUGACUUAGACUUGUCACCUUUCGCUUUCGAAAAACGAGACUCUCUUGAUGUUGAUAAUUGUUGCCGAAAUUGUGGAACCAGCAAAUUAUAUAUUCGAGCCUGGAAUCCUUGAGCAAGCAGGACGAAGCGCCGAAGUGUCAUCGCUCUACUGGUACAACGGUUGCGGCUUUGAUAUUGCGUUCGCUAUUC